CCAUAAGAAAAGAGAGAAGAAGAAGAUGUCAGUACUUCAGUAUAUAAUAUACUUUCAAUGGAUGGUGAUAUUACACCUAAAAUUUCUAAAGCGAAUGACUGAAAUUAAAUUGUAUUAGUUUUCAGUCCCUCAAAUUUAGUUACCUAAGUUUGAAAAGAUGGAUUUUGGUCAAGUUCUACACACUGCUCAGAAAAAUGAAAAAAAUACCAAAAAUGGAAUACGAUACUACAGCACAAAAUUUGAGCCACCGAAGAAAAUGACGAAGAGUACCCCAGAGUUAUCAGCAAACAUUAAAAAAUUUUUAGCCAAAAAAGAGGCAGAAGAAAAGAGAAAAGCAGAGGAGGAUAGGAAGAGGCGAGAGGAAUUACUAGCACUAAGAUCACAGGAUAAAAAAGCAACCCGUCGAGUCAAUGUUAUGCUCAAAAGGACAAAAUCGGCAAACCAGUCAGUGAUUGAUGAUGCAACGGACAAGGAUAAUACAGCUGUUACACUGGCAGGUCCAUUACAACCUGAUGAAGAUGAUUACGGGUAUGUUUCCCAAGAAGCUUCUGCCUUCUACAAUCAAAUGAUGGAGAAGUACAACAAAAUGCCUGAUGAACCGAAAUUCGAUAUGACCAAGAAGAAAGUCAGCACAAAUUUGAGUAGCACCAAAGAUAGGGUAAAAGCUGCUUUGGAAAAGGAAAGGGAAGAUGCAUUGCUGCCUCAUCGUCGAAAAAGGAAACACAAGGAUAAGAAAGACGAUGAAGAUGAGGAGGGUGUCAGUUAUGAUGCUCCUGAAAGGGUAAAAGAAGAAGAUCGAUCUGCCAUGCCACCACCUCCUAAACCUAAGCUCAAGCCUAAAAUGGCUCCACCUCCUAUGAACUUUGCAGAAUUACUAAAAAUCGCUGAGAAGAAACAGUUUGAGCCAAUUGUCAUUGAGAAAAAGGAAAAAGAGGAGGAACAACUGUUUACGAAGAGGCAGAGGAAGGAAAUGGAGAGGGAGAGAGAAUUUCAACAAAGAAGAGAAGAUAGGCGCAGAGAGAUUGAAAAUAGUCGAGUUCAAAGAGUAGGAGAUAAACUGUCAAAACCUUCCUCUGAAAAACAACCUAUCAAAGGCAAGCCAGUUGAAGAUCGAAUUCCCAAAGUGGGUGAUUCCAGGACACCCUUGAAUAAAUCGAUUAACAAUAACAAUCAGAAGCCAUCGAGUUCUGAUACAAACAAAUCAUCAGCUCAGAAAUCAGAUGGCAAAGAAAAGGGUCAAGGUCAGAAAGCUGGAAUUGGCAAAAAGUCUAAACGCCCUCUUUCUCCUGAACCAGAGGAAAGACCAAACAGAAAGUACCUUCCAGGUGAUUUGAGAUAUAAGCCUGAAGUGGAACCAAAAAAAUUCCUUCCAGAUGAUCUCCAACCUAGAAAAACCUCUAACAAUGGACCACCUCCUUCAAAGCUAAUGAAAGCCAAUGAUGGGUCAGCUAGGAAGGUGACAAGCAAUGACGUACCUUCCAGAAAAUAUCCAAGUAGUCAGUCGACCACAGAUCGUGGUCCUCCUAGUAAACACCAACCUGGUGAUCAAUUACCAAGAAAAUCUUCAUUUGGCAAUGAACAGCCCAGAAAAUCAACACCUGGUGAUAAACGGUAUACAUCUGGUGACCCUCAACCUAAAAAAAUUUCUUGGGGUGAUACAAAUACUAGGAAAUUUCAAUCUGGUGAUCCUGUAACUAAAAAGUUAUCAUCUGGUGAAUCUGCUGCUGGAAAGUACCCGCCAAGUGAUAUGCAAUUCAAGAAGUCUCAGAACGGUCACACACCAACAAAGAAUGGCAUUUCUAGUGGAUCAUCUCAAAGAAACCCACCAAGUAAUGUUAGUUUGAAAAAACUACCUCCCAAACAGUUCCCACCUUCUGAUCUGAGACCUAAACAGUUCCCACCAGCAGAUGUUAGACGGAUAGGUGACUCAAGAGGAUUGAAAAAGAAGCCUCUAGUAAAUAAACGACGUGUAAUAGAUGACGAUGAUGAUGAAUAUGAUUCCGAAAUGGACGAUUUCAUAGAUGAUGACGAUGAUCCAGAUAAUGACUACUCAAGACAAAUUAGUGAAAUUUUUGGUUAUGACAAAUCUAGAUAUCGGGACAUGGACGAUGACAUUGACAAUAUGGAAUCUUCUUUUGCCCAGGUGAUGAAAGAAGAUGUCAUCAGUACCAAAAUUGGAAUCAUGGAAGAUCUAGAAGAUAUGAGAAAAGAGGAAGAAGAAAAAAAGAGGAAGAUGAUGAUGAAGAAAAGGAGAUUGUAGGUUUGCUCUGUUAAAUAUAGUUUUUAUAUUUGUUAUUGGUUGAUUUUGUGUAUUUAUUCAUGUUUUUAAAGAUUACCUAGAGUUCUGACAUAGCUUAUAUCAUACACAGGGGCACCACUAAUAUGACUUUGCUGUUAGUUUUUGCUUGAAAACUUACUAUUUGUUUUCACUUUGAAUUUUUCAAAUUCUAUGUAUAAUGACAGUAGAGAAUUGAAAUUUGGUAGAGGGUGUAAAAUUAAAAGUGGAAUAACUUUUCCCUCAGAAAAUUUCUUUCAAACUGUCAAUUUUGACAGGUUCAGAAUUACGUGUGACAACAAAAGUGGGACUCAUAUUCAGUUAAUUUCAAGCAAAAACUAAUUGAGGAGUCACAUUUUAAUGAUAUUCAUUAAUAAAAUAGUACCAUAUGGUACAGAC